AUGGCUUCUUCUUCACUGGGUUCUUUCAAUCUCUCAAGUAGGAGCAAAAGAGAAGGAGAUGAAGCAGAAGACAAAGGGAAGAUGGGGUAUUUGACAAUGGAAGAUUUUAAAGGCAUGAAUUUUGAUUCUUUGUGUCCUUAUGAUCAAUUGACAUUGGUUGCCACUGUUCUUGUUGAAAAAACUGAGCAAGAGAAGAAGCAAUUGAAGAAUGAGGAGCACCAGAUACAGAGCAGACCCUCCUCAUCACCACAAGUUUCUUCUUCUUCUCCAAAUGCAUCACCCCAUUUUCAUCCCUUGGUCCCUGGCUUGGUUCAAGGCAAAUAUGUCAAUUGGGUGCAGCAGGGAUACCCUAAGAAACCAAGGUCUGCUGCUUCUAAUAUUGGGCAAAAGUCAACAAUGAAGACCAUCCCUCCUGCUACUGCUGCUGCUGCUACUACUCAUGAUGAUCAUAUUCAGGGGCAUAGAAGGAGUAAUAAUUAUGGGUUGAAAAGAAAAUCCAAUGAUGAUCAUGAUGAUAGAGAUAAAGAUUGGGCUGCUCCCAAGAAGAAGAAGGUGUACAUCAAGAACAACAAGGGUGCUACUCUUCACCAUCGUCCUGAUUUGCCUGAAGAUUUCAAGAAAAUGAUCAUAGGCCAGAUGAAUGGCACAGAGCUGAGAUGUCUCAUACAAAAGGAAUUGUUCAGAAGUGAUGUAAAAGGCAGUCUAAACAGGUUUUCAUUGCCUCCAAACCAAGUCUUAUGCAACGAUUUCCUCACACCUAGUGAGAUCGAAGCUCUUAAAGAGAGGAAAGAGAAGAAAAAUCACGAUCAGGGUUCCUUAAAAGGUCCAUCGCCUGCCCUCAAAGUUCCAUUUAUAGAUCCGAGUCUUAAGCUUGAAGAUAAAGAAGGGAUAAACUUGACUAUGUGGACGCUGUCAAACUCAGAAACAAAAACGUAUGUGUUGAGAACUACUUGGGGUAAGGUUGUUAGGGAAAACAAGCUGGUUCCUGGUGAUGUAAUCCAAGUUUGGUCUUUCCGAGCUAACAACAAUCAGCUUCACUUGGCUAUUAUUGUGGUAAAAAGAGCUGGGAAAAUUGGUACCAACCAAAGUGAAGGGAGUUCUAGUAAGAGUGACAAUGUUGUUGAUAUUGGCGAUGAAUGCGGUGGCCAAGGAAGUAGAGGAGUGGAGGGUAGCAGUGAAGUUAUGGACAGGAGCACACCAGAUUCAUUUGUCAAAGAAGCAGGAAGAUGA